UAAACACAACAAAAUUUUUAUCAUUCGCAUUAAAGUUGUUGAUAUUUAUAGACCUAUUUCAUAGCAAAAAUUUAAAUUUAUUCCAAUAAAAGAUGGCUGGCAAGCGUGCGCUAAAAAGUACAAAAUCAAAAACUGAUGCUGAAACACAAAAAAAGACCAAACUAGACAAAGAAAAUGAGGAAAAUCCCCCCAAAAGACGCAGCACUCGUUCAACGCGCAGCACACGCUCCAUGGCCGAAGAAGGUGGCCAAAAGGAUUCACCAGAAACUCCAGAAAAGGAAACCAAAAAAAAACCUUUAUCUUUUAUUAAAUAUAGCGGGGCGAUCAAAUAUUACACAGAAGCCCAUGAUAUUGCUGAAGCAUCGGACAAUUUGCUGCAAUGGGUUGAAAAACAACCCGGUGAUGGUUUAGUACCCAUAGCCUUUGACAUGGAAUGGCCAUUUUCAUUUCAAACUGGUCCCGGCAAGUCGGCGGUUAUACAAAUUUGUGCAGAGUUAACUACUUGUUAUGUAUUUCAAUUAACUAAUAUUAAGAAACUGCCUGCAGCCCUGGUGGCUUUGCUCAAGCACAAGCGUGUCCGUUUGCAUGGUGUUAAUGUGAAAAAUGAUUUCCGUAAACUGGGUCGUGACUUCGCUGAAGUGAACUCUGAUGAUCUCAUUGUCAAUGGUUUAGAUUUGGGUGUGUGGUGUAAUCAAGUUUGUGAGACUGGUGGUCGCUGGAGUUUAGAUCGUUUAGCUAAUUAUGCGGUGGAUAAGGCCAUAGACAAAAACAAAAAAGUCCGCAUGAGUAAAUGGCAUGUAAUACCUUUGGAUGAAAACCAACUCAUGUAUGCAGCAAUUGAUGUUUAUAUUGGUCAACUUAUUUACCUGGAAUUGGAAAAGCGAGCCAAAUCAAAAGAGUCCAAUGAGGCGGCGUUUAUAGAGAAAAAUGGUGAAGCUGCUUUUAAGGUGGUCAAGGCAUUGGGUGAAAAUUUUGUCACCGAAAAAGCCGAUGAAGUUGCAAUUUAAGAAAAUUUAUUGAUUGUUUUUUAUAUUGUUAUAUUAAGAAAAUUACUUGAUUGUUAAUAUAUCUAAAUUUAUUUGUAAAGUUUAAAAAAAAAUUAAAAUAUAUAUUUUUAUUUCUACGCAAA